CUCCCCCUCUCGCCGGUGAAGAAGCUUUCAAAGCUUAUUAGUUAAGUUAUUGGCUUUAGUCGUUCACGUACCUCGAAUCUGUGCGACGCCGGCUGGUCGUCGGCUUUUCGUUGUCUCAAGUCGGAUUUCACACGGCCACCUCAAGUUAGAGACGUGAUGCCCUGGCUUCGCCUCGUCCUCCUCACUGAGCCGACCUGCCCAAAUCUUUUCUAAUGAUUUUCAACUUCAACGGAAACUUUGACAUGUCGCUGAGCGGCUUUAUGGAAUUCUUCCAAAAGGGGAAGACCUUUCGGCCUAAUAAAAGGUUUUCCCCUGGCACUAUGCGCUACUCGCUUCACAAACAGGCCCAGGCUUCAUUGAAUUCUGGAAUAAACCUGCGUUCUGUUGUUCAACUGCCUGAAGGCGAAGAACUUAACGACUGGAUCGCUGUUCAUGUUGUGGACUUCUUCAAUCGGAUCAACCUGAUCUACGGGACUGUCUGUGACUAUUGCACGCCAGAAUCGUGCCCCACAAUGUCCGGAGGGCCAAGGUUCGAAUAUCUCUGGGCGGAUGGUGUAAAGUUCAAAAAACCGACGCCACUCCCUGCACCGAAGUAUGUCUGCCUACUCAUGGACUGGGUAGAAACACAAAUCAACAAUGAAAAUUUGUUUCCCGUAUCAACAGAUAUUCCUUUUCCGAAGACAUUCAUACCAUUAUGUAGGAAAAUUCUAGCAAGGCUCUUCAGAGUUUUUGUUCACGUUUAUAUCCACCAUUUUGACAGGAUUGUUACAAUUGGAGCUGAGCCACAUGUUAACACGUGCUACAAACAUUUCUAUUAUUUCGUCCGCGAGUUUGACCUCGUCAACUCCAAGGAGCUGGAACCAUUGAAAGAGAUGACAAUAAGGAUAUGUAAGGACGCUUCACCAGCGCCUGGACGCUAGGUUAAGUUUUUGAAAUUUUAAACGGAAAAAUACAAAUAGGAAAUAUGUUUUGUACUUUUCCAAAUUUAUAGGAAAAAGAUCGAAAAGCAAGUACAAAAAAAUGUUGUUUACGGAUUGAAACAAGGAAAUUUAAGUAUUUAUUAUUUUUAAAUUCUAGUCCUUCAUCAACCUUUUCUACAGAUAGAUAUUAAAUUUUAAAUUGUGAAAUUUAAUUUUUAAAAAAUAAAAGGACAAAGUAAUUAUAGCAUUGAACAUGACAGUUAUAAAUAAGUAAAUAAAUUAAUUCAUAUCAUUUGUAAUCAACGAGAUAUUUCUUUUUUCCCUUUAAUUAAAAAUAUUCCCAGGAUUGAAACGCCAAAGAUUUGUUUGUGUUUUUGUUAGUUUUCUUCUCAUUUUGUAAAUUCGCGGAAGUUAAGUUUUGUUAGAUUUUUUUUCGGAUUAUCAUCUAUUUUAUUUUUUCAACAAAUGAAUAGAAUG